AUGGCCAUGCACUUUCUUCUGCUUCUUUUUGCAGUAUAUGUUGCUGCAAUUGAUGAAGAACCAUUCCUAGGGGUGAAUAUUGGAAGAGAUCUAACGGAUAUGCCUCACCCCACUCAAGUAGUAGCACUACUUAAAGCCCAGCAAAUUCGACAUGUUAGGUUGUAUGAUGCGGACCAAGCCAUGCUCAUUGCCCUUGCAAACACAGGAAUUCAAGUUGCUGUGUCUGUCCCUAAUGAAGAGAUCCUUGCAAUUGGUCAAUCAAAUACCACAGCUGCAAAGUGGGUUUCGCAUAAUGUGAUAGCACAUUACCCUGCCACUAACAUAACAUCUAUUUGUGUUGGUUCUGAGGUUUUAACUGUCCUCCCUAAUGUGGCAAAAGUGCUUGUCAGUGCCCUUAAGUUCAUUCAUUCAGCCCUUCUGGCAUCCAAUCUUGAUCACCAAAUUAAAGUUUCGACACCCCUUUCCUCUUCCAUGAUCCUUGACUCAUUUCCACCUUCGCAAGCCUUCUUCAACCGCUCACUGAAUCCAGUCUUGGUUCCAAUGCUUCAUUUCUUGCAAACCACUGGCUCUUAUCUAAUGCUCAACAUCUACCCUUACUAUGACUACAUGCAGUCAAAUGAUGUGAUCCCAUUGGACUAUGCACUCUUCAAACCCCUCCCUCCAAACAAAGAAGCUAUUGAUUCUAACACCCUUCUUCACUACUCCAACGUGUUUGAUGCUGUGAUUGAUGCAGCAUACUUUGCCAUGGCUUUUCUCAAUUACACUAACAUUCCUGUGGUGGUGAGUGAAACAGGCUGGCCCUCAAAAGGUGACUCUAAUGAACCAGAUGCAACAGUAGAAAAUGCCAACACUUACAACAGCAAUUUGAUCAAGCAUGUGCUUAACGUAACUGGAACUCCCAAACACCCUGGAAUUGGUGUUAGUACUUACAUCUAUGAGCUCUACAACGAGGAUGCAAAGGCAGGGUCAUUGUCUGAGAAGAACUGGGGUUUGUUUGAUGCAAAUGGGAAACCUAUUUAUGUUUUACAGUUGACAGAAUCAGGAGGAGUGUUGGCAAAUGACACCACUAAUCAAACUUACUGCGUUGCAAAGGAUGGUGCUGAUCCUAAGAUGUUGCAAGCUGGAAUAGAUUGGGCAUGUGGACCUGGCAAGGUGGAUUGCUCCCCUUUGCUGCAGGGAGAACCAUGUUAUGAACCAGACAAUGUGGUUGCUCAUGCAAAUUAUGUUUUUGACACUUAUUAUCAUCAGAUGGGAAAGUCUCCUCAGUCUUGUGAUUUCAAUGACAUGGCUACAGUCUCCACCACCAAUCCUAGUCAUGGAUCCUGUGUGUUCCCAGGAAGUCUUGGCAACAAUGGCACCUUCCCUAACGUCACGUUAUCAUCAAUGAAUUCCACAAAUUCAGAUUCUUCUUCCUGCAAUCUGCAUCGUGGUGAAAUGGGAAUCAGAAGCCUUCUAAUGAUGAUAGUACUUCUACUAUGGGGAUUGGUUUUGCCAUAA